UAGCUUCCGCUUCCGAUAGGAGUCCCGCCCUGAUCAGGAUGAGCGGAGGAGGGAAGAAGCGCGACGCAUCUGAUGAAUGUGCUGCCAUCCUGCUACGUUAUCUUCAGGAGCAGAACCGGCCUCAUAGUGCUCAGGAUGUCUUUAGCAAUUUACAGAAACAACAUGGAUUGGGCAAGACGGCUGUAGUGAAGGCACUGGAGCAGUUGGCUCAGCAAGGGAAGAUCAACGAAAAGGUUUAUGGGAAACAGAAGAUUUAUUUUCCAGAUCAGAAUCGUUUUGGUAACAUGAGUGAAUCAGAACUCAAGGGCUUGGACAAUGAGAUUUCAGAACUGUCUUGCAAGGUUCAGACACUUCAACAGAACUGUCGUCACAUGGAAUCAGAACUGAAAGAACUGAAGGGCUCUAUGACAACCCCAGAGAUGGUUAAAGAAAUUGAAGAGUUAAAAAAAGAUUGUGCCAAUUAUACAGAGAAACUGGAAUUGAUCAAAUCUGCUGCCAAUCAUGUGUCCCCUGAGGAGAAAGAAAAGGUAUACAAUGAGAAAAAGCUGUACUGCAAAGAAUGGCGUCGUCGCAAGAGAAUGGCAACAGAAUUACUUGAUGCAAUCCUUGAAGGCUAUCCUAAAAGCAAGAAACAGUUCUUUGAGGAAGUUGGCAUUGAGACAGAUGAAGAUUUCAAUGUUACAGUACCUUCUGUGUGAACCAAGAUCUCAUCUGCGUAAUUGAAAUCUAAGCAUUCAAGUUUCAGUUUCUCAUUCUGUUGCUAAUUUUCAGAACUUAAAAAUAUUUGCAUUCAUUGGUGAUAAGCACACCUCCCAUUUUACACUUUAGUUUUUUCCUAGUAUUUCUCCAUAGGACUUCCUAAUCAGUCUGAUUAUUUUGUUCUUAAAGUAGUUAGAACGAAAUGUUAAUAUGCACUUGAGAAAAUGGGGGAGGGGGCUCAAAAUACUUGAAUUUCAGAUACUAAUUUCUCUGCAAUUGGCCUGCAUAUUGUGUUAACAGCAUAUUAUGCCAUUAAAGCAACACUGUUAGAGUGAGCUAAUUAUCCCACCAAGAAUUGGGGAAAUUUUAAUGUCAGUUGUUAUUUAGCCAUCAUGCUUUGCUUUAUGCUAUGAGUCACCUUGUGAGAUGCAAACACAUUGAAUACAUUUUCUCCAAGUUAAUUGGGCAAUUGUGGGAGGGAGAACAGCUGGGUUCUUUGUUACAUGGAAGAAAAACAAUGUACCUUGGAAAAUUGAUAUUAAAAGAUUAGUUUCCUGACUUGGGCAAGUGGCUAUUGGAUUAGAUCAAAGAUCAGCAUAUUCAUGUGACUGGCAGUUGCACUACAAGAUCAUAUUGCCAAAGUUUGGAAGUAAAAUACAAAUUUUCAGUAGCACAAGGACUUUAUUUUUACUAAAGGUAAUACUGUUCCCUUAAGCCAGAUGUAUAAUGCAUUCAUUUUGACAUUUCAAGUUGCUGACCCCCUCUUCAAAUAAGGGCCAAUAGAAAUUCCUACCUGAAGUUGUCAGUGAAAGAUUAUAUGUAAUUCAGAGUCCAAAAUAAUAGAAUAGCCACCCAGUCUGGAAAUUAGCAUUUUAUACAAUUACCAUGAAAUAACAAGUAAUUUCAACCAAAAUACUUAAGCCCAGUCUUCUAAAAUACUUUAGAUAAAAUCAGGCAAAGCCAACAAGUCAUUCAACCACAUAGCAAAUUUAUUAGAACUGCGUGUCAUAAUAAAAAAAUAGCAAGGU